CUCAGCGGGUCUGGCUCGGCUCGCUCCCGGGGCGCCAAUGGCCCAGCCGCCCCCGCCGGUCUACGUGUACAGCGCCGAGUACGUGGCGCGAUGCGACGACCUCUGCAAAGUGCCCCAGCGGGCCAGCAUGGUGCAUUCCUUGAUCAAAGCCUACUCGCUGCUGGAUCAUAUGAGGGUCAUCAAGCCCAAAGUGGCUUCCAUGGAGGAGAUGGCGAGCUUCCAUACCGACGCUUACCUGGAGCAUCUACAGAAAGUCAGUGAAGACGGCGAUGACGACCAUCCAGAAUCUGUGGAAUAUGGACUAGGUUACGACUGCCCAGCCACAGAAGGGAUCUUCGACUACGCGGCCGCCGUGGGAGGGGCCACCAUCACGGCAGCCCAGUGUCUGGUGGAGGGCAAGUGCAAAGUAGCCAUCAACUGGCCCGGAGGGUGGCAUCAUGCAAAGAAAGAUGAAGCUUCCGGCUUCUGUUACCUGAACGAUGCUGUCCUGGGUAUCUUACAGCUGCGACGAAAGUUUGACCGCGUCCUCUACAUCGACUUAGAUCUCCAUCACGGGGAUGGUGUAGAAGACGCCUUUAGCUUCACCUCCAAAGUCAUGACGGUGUCUCUGCAUAAGUUUUCACCAGGAUUUUUCCCAGGGACAGGAGAUGUGACGGACGUGGGACUGGGGAAGGGGCGCUACUACAGUGUCAACGUGCCCAUCCAAGAUGGUAUUCAGGAUGGGAAAUACUACCAGAUCUGCGAGACGGUGCUCAAGGAGGUCCGUGUGGCGUUCAGCCCCGAAGCCGUAGUCCUGCAGUUGGGAGCGGAUACCAUCGCCGGCGACCCCAUGUGUUCGUUCAACAUGACCCCCGAAGGGAUUGGCAGGUGCCUGUGUUACGUGCUGCAGUGGCAGCUGCCGACCCUCGUCCUGGGAGGAGGAGGCUACCAUCUUGCCAACACAGCUCGCUGCUGGACGUAUUUGACUGGGGUCAUUCUAGGCAGAACGUUAAGCUCCGAGAUUCCAGAUCAUGAGUUCUUCACAGAAUACGGCCCUGAUUAUAUCCUGGAAAUCACGCCAAGCUGCAGGCCGGACCGCAACGAGCCACAGAGAAUCCAAGAAAUUCUCAACUGUGUAAAAGGGAACCUGAAGCAUGUGGUGUAGCAGGGAAGUACCGGUCCAGUGUUCGUCGCUGCCAGACAUCUCCUGAGCCAAGCUGUCAUUUGCUACUGGGGGGAUUCUGGAAAAAAAAACCUCUCAGGAACUCUUAAGAAGUCACCAGCCCUGCUGCCUCCCGGAGAUCCCCAUGACCACUGCCGUUGUUUCUUACUUACUCACUCACUUUUCUACAGCAGCUGAUCCACGGGAGGGAGGGAGAGGCCUGUGGCAGCACCACUAACAGGGAGGCAGCAUUUCUGGUGUCACGUCAGAGUUUGGUUUUUUAAAACUUUUUUCUACCUUGGGGGACCAGAGUUGCAGCUCACUCAGCUAAAGGAAGGUGUGAAGUACCCUGUACAAUUAGGGGUGUGUGUGUGUGCUUUUUUGGAUUGGUUGUAGCCACACCGGAGGGGGAGGUUAAAUCUUUUAAAAAAAUGUUUGCCUUGAAAAUAAAAUAUUUGAUAUAUUUGCUGCUUG